GUGUGUGUUGCGUGUGUGACUGUUGACUGUUGAUCCCACCACGUGAAAAUUAAACAACUUUGUCAAUAAAUAUUUAUAACAAUUAAUAGAGAUGACAAUGAAAAAUCCACUUGCAGUAGAUAAAAAAUCUGCUCCAAAAAAAUUAAAAAAUUCUAUGAUAAAGAAAAAAAAUAAGACAAUUAAAAAUGAAGAUGAAAAAGAAACAAUAACUAUCAUUAAAAAGUCUAAAAAAGAGAAAAAAAAUAUUGAAGUUGAAAAAGAAACAACAGCUAUCAUCAAAAAGUCUGAAGAAGAGAAAAAAAAUAUUGCUGUUGAUGUAAAAGUGAAAAAAGAAAAGACUAAAAAAAGAAAAAGAGAAAUAGAAUCUGAAAAAAAAAAAAAUAAUGAAGAUUUAAUUGAAAAAUUAGCUAUUCCAGCAUGUGGUUUUAAUUGGGAUAAUAAAGAUGAUGAAAUUAAAAAAGAAGAUUCAAGUUCUAGUGAGGAUGAAGAUGCUGAUAAAGAGCCAUCGAAAAAAAAAAAAAAGUUAAGCGCAGCUGAAAGACGAGAACAAGAAAGAAUUAAAGAAAGAGAAAUUAGACAACGUGAAGAAGCUCUGGCAAGUAAUGAAUUACCAAAUUCAGUUGAUCAAUUUGACAGACUUGUAUUGGCAAGUCCAAAUAAUUCUCUAGUUUGGUUGAAAUACAUGGCCUAUCAUCUUCAAGCAACUGAAAUCGAAAAAGCUCGUUCUAUUGCUAGAAGAGCAUUAAAAACAAUAAAUUUCCGUGAAGAAGAUGAAAAGCUAAAUAUUUGGCAAGGUUUAUUAAAUUUAGAAUCAAAAUUUGGUACAUCUGAGACAUUGGAAAAUGUAUUAAAAGAUGCUAUCAGAUCAAAUGAUGCAAAAAAAAUAUAUUUACAUAUGUUAACAAUUUAUAGUAAUAAUAAAUGUAUUACUGAACUUGAAAAAAUUGUUAAAACAUUAACAGCUAAAUUUAGAACUGAUCCACAAGUAUGGAUUGAUUGUGGAUGUGCAUUUUUAAAAUCAGGAUCAAAAGAUAAAUCAAGACACACAAUGCAAAGAGCAUUACAAUCAUUACCAGAUAAUAAACAUGUUGAUAUUAUCAUUCAAUUUGCAAUUUUAGAAAAUAAAUAUGGUGAUAAGGAAAGAUUUAAAACAUUAUUUGAACAAAUAUUAACAUCAUAUCCAAAAAGAAUUGAUGUUUGGACGUCGUUUGUUGAUUUAUUAAUUAAAGACAAUGAUAUUGAUGCAGCAAGAUCUGUUUUGGAACGAGCUGUUGUUCAAAACCUCCAGCCACGUAAAAUGAAAACACUGUUUCAAAAAUUCAUAUCAUUUGAAGAAAAAUAUGGUACAAAAGAUAACAUUCAAAAUGCAAGAAAACUUGCCCAAGAAUACGUAACAAAAAAAUGUAACAAUACGAAUACAGAUUAAUAAUAAAAUAUAGACAAAUAAAUUAUACAUAUA